CCGAAUUUCAAUUUGUUAGCCCUCACGUAAGUUUUAAAUAACUUGAAGGCUUGAGAAGGUGCUUUCUUUCAUUAUAUUUUAAAUAUAUGCCGACUAAAUAAUAGAGAAUGAAAAUAGCAGUAGAAGGAUGUUGCCAUGGAGAACUGGAUAAAAUAUACGAAAGUAUAGCUGAGCUUGAAAAGAAAAAUGGGAUAAAGGUUGAUCUACUGCUGAUCUGUGGAGAUUUUCAAGCUGUCCGCAACUAUGAUGAUCUGGACGCCAUGGCUGUUCCGCGGAAGUAUCAGCAACUCAACACUUUCUACAAAUAUUAUAAUGGAGAAAGGGAAGCACCAGUGCUGACAGUGUUUAUAGGAGGAAAUCAUGAGGCUUCAAACUACAUGCAAGAGUUACCAUAUGGAGGAUGGGUGGCCCCCAACAUAUACUAUAUGGGAUAUGCUGGUAUGAUACAGGUGGGUGGCCUGCGAAUUGGUGGGAUUUCUGGCAUCUUCAAGGGCUUUGACUACAACAAGGGCCACUUUGAGAGACCUCCCUAUGACGACAACACAAAGAAAAGUGUUUACCAUGUCCGCAACUUGGAAGUCUUUCGUCUGAAGCAGAUUUCUCGUCCGGUGGACAUUUUCUUGUCACAUGACUGGCCUAAGGGCAUCUAUAACCAUGGGAACACAUCUGGUCUUUUGAGGAAGAAACCUUUUUUUAGAGAAGAGGUAGAGAGCAACAAGCUUGGCUCACGUCCCCUGUUGGAGUUGCUGAAACACCUGCAGCCUACAUACUGGUUUGCUGCACAUCUCCACGUCAAGUUUGCUGCGCAUGUUGAGCAUACACCAGCUAGCAGUGAGGGUCCAGCGAAAUCCACAAAAUUUUUAGCUCUUGAUAAGUGCCUACCUCGCCGCCACUUCCUACAGGUUUUGGAUAUACCACAUAGUUCAGAUGAGGGAUUAAAGAUUAAGCUGGACCCUGAGUGGGUGUCUAUUCUUCACUCAACCAAUCACAUGUUGAGUCUCUCUCCUAGAAAUACUUUUGUUCCAGGUCCUGGGUGUGGCCAAAGGUACGAUUAUAAAGUAUCUGACGAAGAUAUUGAAACGACCAGAAAGAUUUUUGGAGGCGACAUGACUCUACCUGAGAACUUCUGCCAGACCUCUGCGCCUAUUGAGGGCGACCCACGAUCUUUCUCAAGGUCGAGGGCACCCCUCACAGUUCAGGUCAACCCCCAGACGACCCUGCUGUGCACCAUGCUGGACAUCACUGACCCCAACGCCACCUUUGUGGGCAAGUCCUCGCAGGAGCUGUUGGAUGAGAGCGACAUUGGGUUGGUGGACGACGCGGAUAAGACGGAGGACAGUGGCGAUGAUGCAGUAGAAGAAGACGAUGAUCUGCCCAGCACUAUAGACAGCAGCAUGGAAACAUCCUCUAACAUAUCCUCUACUUGGGACAGUUUCCAUUCAGCCAGCGAAUCCAUUAAUGUAUCCGCUUUCGGAUCACCCAGCUCUCAAAUGGUCACAUCCACCCCUGCUAAAAACAUCAAAUCAAAUUUUGUCGUCACUGAUCUAGACGACAACGACGAGGAACUGCAACUUAUUUUGUCUGCUCAAAAAAACAAAAAACCACAAAGCGACCUCACAAACGAUUUGCCCUCAUCAACAAAUUCAGUGACCAGCAAUAAUUGCCCAAGCUCUAGUUCUCCAAUUCACAACGGCAAAACCACACAUUCAAAUCCCAUACUUGACAAUGAGGCUAGCCCUAAAAACCCCUCAUCUCUCACACCAACACAUGAACCUCAGGAUACUACUCCAGGUUCUUUAAAUAAAAGAACAAGUUUUGGAAUUUCUGGGUUAUGCCUCAGCUCAAACACAUCGCCAGAGGCCAGUGGAAAUAAUAGCAACACUCGCCAACCUGGCAAAAAGCGGGAAAUUUCUGACGAACCUCAGCUCAUUAGCAGUUCUGAGACAGAGUCUUCGGACAGUUCAUUGAAUCAAGCAUCUGGCUUGAAAAAACUGAAGAGGAGAAACAUCUCUGUGUACACUGAGCCAGUGGAGUAGCACGUGUUGACAGACUAUAGCCUAGGUUGUUUUAUUUUCUGGUCUAACAAUUGUCACACAGCUAAAACCUAUACAGAUUUCCAUGUACAUUUAUGUUUCUUAAAUUUUUAAAGUUAUCUGCUAUUGAAUGCUACUAUCAACAUGAAAGGACAUAUUUUUAGUGAUCAAAAGUUUUGGCAGGCAAAUAUGAGUAAUUAAAUGAUAUAUAGUAGCAGCUGAUUUAUUGACCUUCCUCGCCAGGACAAUUUUCUAUCUUGUUAGCUGUUUUUUGUUUUGUUUUUAAGGAUUUUUAUUUUACUUGAAACCAAUUGUUAAAGAUACAAAUCAAUGCAUGACUUUAUUUUACAUUUUGACAAAAUAAGUGUGAUAAAAAAUAAAUUGAAGGAAAAAAAAAUGUUUUUAUUGUAAAAAAAAAUUAUUUUAAUCUGUGAAAAGUUUUUUUAAUAGACUAAAAAAACUAAUUAAAUUAAUGUCCCUAUUGAAAUUGUGUGAAAUAAAGAUUUAAGAUAACAGUUUUAUUUUUAUAUUUUUAUAUUGUGUUCUAUGUUGUAAAGUUGUUUUAUGUAAAUAUACAAGAAAGUUAUUUUUAAAUCUUGUGAUGCAUUGUUGAAUAAUUUAAAAGGAAGGUAACACUGUAAGACCUUUUUGUUUUUAGAUUUUUCAUCAGUUAUCUCCAGUGGUAGGUAGCUCUUAGAGUUUAUUUUUAUUAGCCUUGCCAAAAUUUUUUAAUCACAUGGAAAAUUCAUUAAGGAAUUUUACAAUGGGAAUAGUGGUGAAGAUUUCUGUUUGUUUAUUAAAUAAACAAAACUGAUGAAAAGCAGGCUUAAACAACACCUUCAGCAAGAAUUACAUGGUGUAAAUUGGCGUGUUCAAAUCAUUUUGCUUACCAGCCAUUUUCUUAAUGCAGCCAUAAUUUUACUUGUAAAUAGAAUACAAAAGAAAUAUUAGUUUUAUCUUUUAUAAAAAGUCGAUGUGUUUUUAAAGUUUAAUUCUUUAAAAAGUUAAUAAUUGUUUUUCUGUAGUUUGAGUAAAAUAAUUA